AUGGAGACCCUACCCUCUGCUCUGAAAGCAGCAUUUGCGGAAAAGAUUUCCUCUAGUGUAGAGCACCCUGCUGACCUGGUUAAGUACAUCCCUGAUGCUCUGGCCAGUUACAUUCCAAAAUCAUUGCUUGUUUUUGAGAAUGAGAAGCCUAAUAUUCAGGAUCUCAAUCAGAAAACAUGGACCCCAGAACAGGCUGCCAUGUUUUUCAAUGAUGUGAUAAAGACAGAACCUGAUUUCAGCAGGCUUUCCCAGUCUGUCCUCCAAGGCUUCACGUGUACAGCUGCCAAUGGGAUGAACGUGGAAAGUUCUCGGCAGCUAGCCAAAGCCAUGAAGCAGAAGAACGUCAAGCUAGGGGAAGACGAGCUGAGGUGCUUGGCGACGAUGGUGACUCUGAAAGGCAUUCCCAAGGAUUUAGACAGCUAUCCUAAAGACCUGUUGCUGUUUUUAAGUCCUUCAGACUAUGCAGCGACAGGAAGUUGUUGGCAGUACUUCUCUAAUAUUGGGAAAGCAAAUCUUGAUGUUCUGCAAAGAGAGUCCUCCCAGCGGAAACAGCUGCUGUUGGAAGCCUUAGCAUGUCUGAAAAUUCCUGACACUCAAGUAAAUGAGGAGAAUGCAGAGGUUCUGGGUCGUCUGGUCUGUGACCUGAGUGAAGAAUACAUUAGAAGUUCUGGUGGAGUUUUGCUGAAGCAAUUAAAUCGGUGUGAAUCUUUCCUGCCUGAACAAGAGGAGGCGAUUAGGACUGUUAUCAGCAGUGGAAACACUAAAUAUGGGCCUCCUUCAGCAUGGUCAGCUUCUACCUUGAAUGAACUUAGUGGAUUGAUUCCUGUGUUUGGUCACAGCAUCUUGCAGAAGAUCCCCAAGGAUGUUUUAACCCUUUGGCUGAAAAACUUUGCCCACGAUUCAUCUCUGUCGAGGGAAGAGCUGGCCUCCAUCACCGAGGAACUCCUGCCUUCUCGGCAUAAGCGUGCUGCUGAAUGCCCACCUGACCUGAAAAUAACACAAGAAGUUCUUGAGGAUGAUAUGAUGCCUAUUUACUACACCCCUGAGCAGCUACGUGUUUGCUUGAAGAACGUCUCUCUGGCUGAUCACCUCUCUCUGAUACUGAGCUACCCCUUCACUGUUCAGCAGUUAGCUGUGCUGAAGAGACAUCUGGAUGAGACGUAUCCUGAUGGGUAUCCUGAAAGUCUGCUCCCCAGAUUGGGCCCUCUGACUGCUUUCAUCACCCCUGAGGACAUUAGCAAAUGGAAGAUAAAUUCAGCUGAAACGCUGGCUGCCUUGCUACAGAAUCAGCCCUCUGAUGCAGACGCUGCUGUAAUGAUUAACCGAUAUGUUUGCUUGGGAAAUCGUUUGACCACCCCUGUGCUGAAUGCAAUUGGCACGAGAUACUUGUGCCUUCUAAAUGCAACCGAGCUGAACGCGAUAGACACCAACAGCCUGAAAACAGCAGCUCUUGAUCCUUCAGCCUGUUCACAAACUACUAAAGAUAUUUUGUACAAUAAAGCAAAACGUGCUCUCUCAGACCAGCACAACUCACGUGCUUAUUAUCUUCUUAUCAAACCAUAUCUAGGGGGUGCUCCUGGUAUAGAUCUCAAAGCUCUAAGCAAGGACAGAGUGAACAUGGACAUUGAAACUUUCACAAAGUUAAGAAAAGACUCUUUGCUGGAAUCCAUCAAAUUCAGCAUGAUGUAG